GCCAUUUUCUCUCACUUAUUUUAUUUUAUAUAAAUAGAUGGCAGACGUGGGUGAAACCCUUAACUUCCAAGGAGUAAUGGAAGAAGAAACUUAUUUUCCAGACACUGAUCUGGACUUGAGCUUCACUUCCACCACCACCGACAGAACAUUUCCUUCCUCUAGUGCUCGUUCCAGUUUAGCAAGAUCUAGUCUUACCCUCAGCUUCAAUGAAUCCCGUCUUUCUUGUUCCACAAUCACCGUUAAUAAUAUCACACCCCUCUACCACCGGAAAUGGGAUCCACGUUGGUCAGCCAUUAAAGCAGCCACCAACCUCUCUUCCGACGGCAACAUCCACCUUCGUCACCUCAAGCUCAUUCGCCAUUUGGGUACUGGAAACCUCGGUCGAGUCUUCCUCUGCCACCUUAGAGAUUGCGAGAACGCCACCUUUGCUCUAAAAGUAAUCGACAGGGAAACGUUGAGCAGCAAGAAACUUUCUCACGUUCAAAUGGAAGCAGAAAUCUUAUCCAUGCUGGACCACCCGUUUCUACCGACGCUUUACGCUCGUAUCGAAGCUUCUCAUUAUACCUGUCUCCUCAUUGACUUCUGCCCUAACGGAGACCUCCAUUCUCUCCUACGUAAACAACCCGGUAACCGCUUUCCUUUAGCGGCGGUCCGUUUUUUCGCCGCCGAAGUUUUGGUUGCUUUAGAAUAUUUACAUGCCUUAGGGAUCAUUUACAGGGAUCUUAAACCUGAAAACAUUUUGUUACGUGAAGAUGGGCAUAUCAUGUUGUCGGAUUUCGAUUUGUGCUUCAAGGCUGAUGUGGUCCCCACUUGUAAAUUCCUCCGCCGCAAAAGUCGAAACUCAAAGCGGAAUUGUUUCAACGGCGGCUGUUUCGGUCCUGUCGCCGGUUCGGUUGAAGAAGUUCUUCCUGAGUUUGUAGCUGAGCCCGUAACGGCGUUUUCACGUUCGUGCGUCGGCACCCAUGAGUAUUUAGCACCAGAGCUUGUCUCCGGAAGCGGCCACGGUAAUGGCGUUGACUGGUGGGCGUUUGGGGUGUUUGUUUACGAGUUAUUAUAUGGAACGACGCCGUUUAAAGGAGGCAGUAAGGAAAAUACUCUUCGGAACAUAGCUUCGAGCAGAAAAAUGAGAUUCCCCGACGCAGCUGAAGUAGAAGAGGCAAGAAUUGCGGAGGCAAAGGAUUUGAUUGAGAAAUUGUUGGUAAAAGAUCCAAGGAGGAGACUGGGGUGCACAAAGGGUGCGCAGGAUAUUAAACAACACCCGUUCUUUGAUGGGAUAAAAUGGCCAUUAAUUAGGCACUACAAGCCGCCGGAGGUGGUGGGUGGGGUGGCGAGGAAAAGAGGGCACGUGGGCCAUGUGAAGAGGAGGCGUUGGUCUUGGAAAGGACUUGAUUGUUUAAUGAUUAGAAAUAGAAAUAAAGGGUCUCUUUCGUAUCGUCUUUUGAGAUCCAAUAUUAAUGCCAAUAAUUACUAUGAUUAUGUUCAGAAUAACAAGCCUAGGAAGAAUGCCUAGUUUUUUCUUUUACUUUCUUAAUCUUUCCUUUUGGGAAACUUUUUUGUUAGUAGUAUAUUGUAAAAUUUAAGGGAGAUAA